GGUCUAGUGUGCAUAUACUUAUUUACGCACUUUUCCCCUUAAACCCUAAACCCUUCUUUUUUUUCUUCUUCUAACCCUCUAGUCUCUCCUGCAACCUUGAAGCAAAAAAAUGAGGAAGAAGGUAGAUGAACGCAUCAGAAGCUUGAUUGAAAAUGGCGUCAACACCAGACAUCGUUCUAUGUUUGUCAUUAUUGGUGACAAGUCUCGCGACCAGAUUGUUAAUCUUCACUAUAUGCUUAGUAAAGCAGUGGUUAAGGCUAGACCUUCUGUUCUUUGGUGCUAUAGAGACAAGCUUGAACUCAGUAGUCACAAGAAAAAACGUGCCAAGCAGGUGAAGAAAUUAAUGCAAAGAGGACUUCUAGAUCCUGAGAAGGUUGAUCCUUUUUCUCUUUUUAUCGAGAGUGGAGGAAUAACAUACUGCUUGUACAAAGACUCAGAGAGGGUGCUUGGUAAUACCUUUGGCAUGUGCAUACUACAGGAUUUUGAAGCACUGACACCAAAUCUUCUGGCAAGAACCAUAGAAACUGUUGAGGGUGGAGGAAUAAUUAUAUUGCUCCUGCGUUCUCUUUCUUCGCUAACAAGUUUGUGCACCAUGGUUAUGGAUGUUCAUGAGAGAUUUCGCACAGAAUCCCAUUCUGAGGCUGCUGGCCGCUUCAAUGAACGUUUUUUAUUAUCAAUUGCUUCCUGCAAAUCAUGUGUGGUUAUGGAUGAUGAGCUAAAUAUUUUACCUAUUUCAUCCCAUAUAAAGUCAAUUAUGCCUGUUCCUGCUAAAGAGGACUCUGAAGGUCUUUCGGAGGCUGAGCGUGAUUUAAAGAAUUUGAAAGAGGAACUCGUUGAGGACUUUCCUGUUGGUCCUUUGAUAAAGAAAUGUUGCACCUUAGAUCAGGGAAAAGCAGUCAUUACUUUUCUUGAUGCCAUCUUAGAUAAGACUCUGCGUAGUACUAUCGCUCUACUUGCUGCUCGUGGCCGUGGUAAAUCAGCAGCACUUGGUUUGGCAGUUGCUGGAGCUAUUGCUGCCGGGUAUUCUAAUAUCUUUGUAACUGCACCAAGUCCCGAAAAUCUGAAGACCUUGUUUGAAUUUGUCCACAAGGGACUUGAUUCAUUGGAGUACAAGGAACAUAUUGAUUAUGAUGUGGUGAAAAGCUCUAAUCCUGAGUUUAAGAAAGCAACCGUGCGGAUCAACAUCUACAAGCAACAUAGACAAACAAUCCAGUAUAUACAACCACAUGAACAUGCGAAGCUGUCUCAAGUUGAGCUUUUGGUGGUUGAUGAAGCAGCAGCUAUUCCGUUGCCUGUUGUGAAAUCUCUUUUAGGGCCAUACCUUGUCUUCAUUUCUUCGACAGUAAAUGGUUAUGAAGGUACUGGUAGAUCGUUAUCGCUGAAGCUUCUGCAGCAACUGGAAGAGCAAAGUCAGAUAUCUAAGAAUCUAGACAGUUCUCUUUCUGGUCGUCUUUUCAAGAAGAUAGAAUUAAAUGAAUCUAUCAGAUAUGCCUCUGGUGACCCUAUUGAGCGUUGGCUUAACGAGUUGCUCUGUUUGGAUGUUGCAAAUUAUAUUCCCAAUAUCACUAGGUUGCCUCCUCCCAACGAAUGUGACCUCUACUAUGUUAAUCGUGACACACUUUUCUCAUAUCACAAAGAUAGUGAGCUAUUCCUACAGAGGAUGAUGGCUUUAUAUGUUGCAUCUCACUACAAAAAUUCCCCAAACGACCUGCAACUCAUGGCUGAUGCUCCAGCACAUCACCUUUUUGUGCUGCUCGGCCCUGUUGACGAGUCAAAGAACCAUCUUCCUGAUAUAUUGUGUGUAAUUCAGGUUGCUCUUGAAGGACAAAUCUCUCAAAGAUCUGCUAUAAGAAGUUUAGAUGACGGCCACUCGCCUCAUGGAGAUCAAAUUCCAUGGAAAUUCUGUGAGCAAUUCCGAGACACAGUUUUCCCCAGCCUCUCUGGUGCACGGAUUGUGCGAAUAGCCACUCAUCCUAGUGCCAUGCGGCUUGGAUAUGGUUCAGUUGCUGUGGAGCUGUUGGCAAGGUACUUUGAAGGACAGUUGACUUCCAUUUCUGAAACAGAUGAUGAAGACGAUGUUGACAAGCCACCUGUCAGUAUUGUUCAAGCAGCCGAAAAGGUCUCAUUGCUAGAAGAAAAUAUUAAACCCAAAACAGACCUUCCUCCUUUACUUGUGCAUCCUCGUGAAAGACGUCCUGAGAAACUGCAUUACAUUGGUGUGUCCUUUGGGCUCACACUAGACCUUUUCCGGUUUUGGAGGAAGCACAAAUUCGUUCCAUUCUAUAUUGGCCAAAUUGCAAAUGCCGUGACUGGAGAACACACUUGUAUGGUUCUGAAGCCAUUACAUAGUGAUGAUAUUGAAGUUGAUAAAUCUGAUCAAUGUGGAUUUUUGGGUCCAUUUUAUAGAGAUUUCAAGCAAAGGUUUAGUAGGCUACUCGGCUCCAGUUUUCGUUCCAUGGAGUACAAACUUGCAAUGAGUAUCUUGGAUCCGAAAAUCAACUUUGUAGUGUCAGAUACAGGAGAGUCGAAGUUGGAGAGGUUCUUGAAGUCGAUACAGGAAUAUAUAUCACCUCAUGACAUGAAGAGACUGCAAGCUUACACAGACAAUCUUGCCGAUUUUCAUCUGAUCCUUGACCUUGUUCCUGUGAUCUCACAUUUGUACUUCCAAGAGAGGGUCCCAGUUACAAUGUCAUAUGCCCAAGCAUCAGUUCUGCUCUGCAUUGGCUUGCAGAACCAGAACAUCUCAUAUAUCGAGGGGCAGAUGAAAUUAGAAAGACAGCAGAUAUUGUCUUUGUUCAUUAAAGUGAUGAAAAAGUUCCACAAAUACCUCUACGGUGUUGCAUCCAAGGAAAUUGAAUCAACCCUACCCCGACUAAAGGAAAGAGUGAUGGAGCCUCACGAUAUAACAUUGGAAGAGGAUCUAAAUGACGCAGCAAAGAAAGUGAAGGAUGACAUGAAGGCCAAGGCUGAGGGGUUGGACCCUCAGUUGCUUCAACAGUUUGCCGUGGAAGCUGAUUUUGAGAAAGUCCUUAACAAUGGUGGGGCGAAGAUGCCAUCUAGUGGCUUAAUCAGUGUAAAAUCUAGCAAAAGUAAGCCAGAGAAGCAGAGCAAGGUUGGCAGCAGUAAGCAUGAGAAGAAAAGGGGUAAAGAUGAGCGUGGGAACAAGUCUAACAAAAAGAGGAAAUCAUAAAUUGGAGUCAAGGGGAUAAGGUACACAAGAGAAGAAAGGGUAUAAGCUUGCCUCAGUGUUGAAAGGUGUUGAAGAAUCCUGAAGAUGGAGAAAGAAGCUCCCUUGAGUGUAGUUGCUGUAUUACUCGGAAGGGUCAUUCAGUUGCUUCUUUCUGCAAGCUGCCAUCUAGGGCUGCAAAAUUUUGUCUCCUAUGGUGUUACCACUUGGCUAUAGAGUUUUUGGAGCAAUAGACUUUUAUAGGGAGGAGAUAGUUCUAUUGAAAGAUUGUCAUGCAUGAUACAAUUUGAUUACUUGUGAUUUAUGAAUGCAUUUGCCUUUGGAAUGAUGAAGGUGGUAAAUUUGUUUCUUCUGCU